ACCAAAGGCAUGGAAGAGGAGUUCACCUGGGAUGAUGGCACGCCAGUUGACUACACGAAUUGGAUGGACCUUGAGCCCAACAACUACGACAAGGAUGCUCAAAAUGUAAACCACGACCCGGUGCCCGGACAGGAGAAUUGCAUACAUUUGCGCCUGUCAAGACAAGAUGACACGGAGGCAAAGCCGCUAGUCGGGCAAUGGGAACAGCAUGUUUGUCAGCCCGACCGCUAUGCAUUAGCGCUAUGCAAGUGGACGAUCUCGCCGCCGAAGCAGGGACCGAAUAACGGAGUGACUGGUGCUACUUCGGGCCCGGUUGGACCAUCGAAAGACCGGCGCGACUUUGGACCUGGCUUGCGCCAUCACAAGAUCCUAAUUCAGGACAGGCGAGCGGCGGCACUCCCGACCCGAAUGCGCCAUCGAAAGAUCCAAAUGCUGGGCCGAACGGUGGUACCACUCCUG